UCGAAUUGCAGACAUAGGCGGUGGAUCCCCUCUCCAUAUAUAAUCAAGUGGCGAACCUUGAGUGAAUAAAAAAAACUAAUAUAAUUCAGCCGAAAAUCCCCCGCGAGUGCAGAGUGCGAUAAAAUGCGAAUCCGAAUAUUUGGUCGGGGGCGGCACAUGAAAGAGGAGGCCGCGGAGGCCGUGGAGGCGCUGGCGGGCAGGCUGGUGGUGUUUGCUCAGCGAUAAGGGCCCGCGAGUUAAUUUAUGCACGCAGUCAUGUCGCGGCUCGAGUGGCUGCUGCUGUUCCUCGUGUUCGUCGUGUACGUGGUGCUCGGGGGCGUGGUGCUGAUGCACCUCGAGGGCCAGAACGAGCUGGCCCAACGGGCCCAGGACGAGCAGAACGCCCGCCAGUUGCAAGAUCUGGUGCAAAGGACUCUUGUUAAUGGAUCUGCAGAACGUCUGCAGACCCUGCACAAGGUGGCAGAAUACUGCGGGAAGGCGCUACUGCCCCAGAACACGUCGCUUGACGAGGAAAAGUCACUUAAGUGGGACUUUUACAACUCAUUUUUCGUCGCCGUCACCAUCGUUAGUACAAUAGGCUAUGGAAACAUGGCACCGACGACGUUUGGCACGAGAAUGUUCUGCAUCGGGUACGCGCUGGUCGGCAUUCCCUUGAACGGCAUCCUGCUCGCCGGGCUCGGCGAAUACUUCAGCCGCACAUUUCUCAGAGCGCAUCACCGUUACAAGGAGGAACCGCGGGGCAGAUGCCAACUGCUGCUCAAGGUGGUGCAGUACCUGGCGGCGGGCAUCGCGCUUUUCAUCCUGCUACCCGCGGUGCUGUUUGCCCUAGCCGAGAGCUGGAGCUAUGAGGAGGCUGUUUAUUACGCCUUCAUCACGCUCUCCACCAUUGGCUUUGGAGACUAUGUUGCAGGUUUUAUGACAAACCAAGAAGAUUGGAGGCACAAAGAAGGCCUUCUGGGCGCGUACCGCGCCUUCAUCGUGCUGUGGAUCAUGUUUGGCCUAGGCUACCUGGCCAUGAUUCUCUCUUUCAUAACACGGGCGAUGCGUUCGUCGCGCCUUCGACGGCUCGAGCAGCGUUUGGCGCGACGCAUCAAGAGCGCGCGUCUGUGGAACACAGGCGAGAUCGGCUAUCUGAGACGGGUGCUGAAUGAGCUGUACCUGCUGAAAUUCAAGGUGCACGGCCGUCCAGCCGUCAGCCGUAGUGCUUGCAGCCGCCAGAACAAAAAAGCAGCUUACCUAAAAUGUAGUAACAGUAGUGGUAGUCCUAGUCGUACAAUUAGUUGCGCUUCAGAAAGUAGUUACUUAGUCAGCCGCCAAGCCUCAAGCCGUAGAACAGAUCUUAGCCAUCUAGCCACUCACCUUUCGUACCUGCUGCAGCCCGUGUACCGCGAGCGCCGCUCCCUGGCCGCCGUCCCUGCCCAGCGCGGCCGCAGCUGCAGUCUGACCCUGGAAGGUUUGCAGCCACAACGGCCGCCGCCACGCAGCCUGUCCGAGUCGUGUCUCGACCUGAUUGACCGCGACGCCACGUUCGCGGCGACCCCGCGAAAGGUCGAUGCCUCGGAACUGCUGGCCACAGUGGCCGCGGCCGCUGCGGCUGUUGAGGAGCAAGAGGCCGGCGCGCACCACGGCCUCCCUGACGAGGACAUCCUGGCUGAUGAGAGGCCACCGUCCGCCUCCUCGCGGAGGCCGAGUCUGCUGUCCAGACUGAGCGGCGGCUCGCGCAAGAGCAGCACGCCUCCCUCUCGAAGGGGCAGUCUGGUGCCCUCGAGGAGGGGCAGCAUGUUGCCGACCUCGGGAAUGACCAGCGCUGCUCCAUCGAGGAGGGGCAGUCUGAUCAAUGGGGACGCUCGUCGCACGAGAGGACGCUCGUCUCUGCGCCGCGUUCUGGCGGAGCGAAAUAUGUCUGCAAACUCGCAGCAAAGCUCUCCAAUUCAGGAGCGCCGGCCAUCAAUCUCAGGGUUUGACGCUGCUACCCGUCGCAUGUCCGAAGGAUUCGUUUUGAGGAGUCCGUCGGAGGAGCCAUUUUCGGAGCUGGACGGGACGACGGUGGGCGACCUGCUGAGGGCGUUGCACGCACUGCACUCGCGCCGCGGCUCGCUGCGUCCCUCGCUGACCUUCGAGGACGAGGUCAACGGCGGGGUGACCACCCGCCCGGACGACAACGACGACGACUGGGACGGCAAGUCGGUGCAGAUCUCGCGCCUGUGAGGGCACCCGAGCGUCUGAGGCGGCGCUGCAGACAUGACUAAGUUUAUCACACUGGACGCAGUGUCCGGUCACUGCACAUCAGUAGUAGAGGGUGGAGAUUCGCGCGCACUGAGAAACACAGAGCAAACGUGCUGGAGCUGCUAACUUCUGUCAAAAAACCUAGUGUCCCAGACCGAGAGAGUGAGAGUGACUUGGGUCCGCUUUUCAGGCGGACGCUUGUGACAGUGCCGAUUGAGUAAAUGACGCAAACCGAACCCUUCCGCCAGCUGGGCAGCUUUGACAAUUGUUUUUGUUUUUAUAAAUUUCUGGAGUGUAAAAGCCGGGAGACCUGUUGUCACACACAUACACAUGUACGUUUAUUGUAUACUUCUAGUCACUAUGGCAAGAUUUCAGAAAAAGGAGAACCAGCAACGGGCUGCACAGCCUCUUUUUUGUAUUUCGAGAUGAAAAAAUUUUAAAUUAGACUUGCAAAUUUCGAUAAAAAAAAAAUCGGAUUUAACAGCCACCUUUCAUUAAAAAAUGAAUUUUGUAGAUUAAUUUGGAUUUGGUUUGUCCAAAAUUUUAGCACAAGGUGCUGAGGUUGUCCCUGAAAAUUGAUUAUUCUUAUAUAAUCAAAAAUACUUACAAACAAACAAAAAUUUCAAAAAUUUAAGUUAUUUAUAAAUUGAGUUUCAUAACAAUUGCUCAAAUAUAAUUAGAAGCAGAUCUAAAAAAAUUUGAAUUCAUUGGAAUAAAUAUAUAUUUUAUCAACAAAAAUUACAUUCAAUUUAGCUCCUAUUAAUAUUAGAUAUUGGCUGUUUUUAACCACAUCUAGUGUGUUUUAGGGUAUUACAAUUCAGUCUAAUAAACAGUUUGAUUUAUCCACAUUUUUUGUCAAAAAUUUGCAAGUCUAAUUAAUAUUAAACUAAAAUACAUAAUAAUAAUUAUCAUUAUUACAUAAACAGGAUCUCCUCGGCUGAUAAAAAAUUUCAUUUGAAAAAAAAAACAGCCACCCAUCAACGGGAGUCAAGAGGACGGAUUUGCGCGCACCUGAGACAUCAAAUUUCAACUUUUUCCCGGAUACAAAAUUAAUUCCUCUCGCUCUCUUACAAAGUAUCAUAUAUAUUUUUCUUCCGCGGACCGGACGGACACCUCGGUCAUAAAAAAAUCAUUGAGUUCGCUCUCUGUUUCUCGAUGGAUUCACGACGACUGUUGCUGCUGUUGCUGCUGGUGUUGUUGCUGCACCUGCUUGAAUAUGGAUAGCAGGUUGUUGACGCCAACUAGGUAGCCAUCCUCGUGGUUGCCCACGACCCAGCGGGACGCGUGGUCGAUCGCCAGGCCUGACGGGAGCCGCGUCGUCUUGGCAAAGUCGAUGAGCCACACGUUGGCGUUGGUCGCGUCGUGCACAAACAGCAACGAGCUCCCAAUUACUUCGUGGCCGGCGAAGAACUCGGACACUUCCAGCGUCGCCCGAAUCGCCUUCAACCGCUGGAUGUACUUGGGCUGCAAACAAAGUGCAUCGUUACUCUCUAACACAUAAUGGACAGUUUGAUGGACAGAUAAAAAUGUGUGCUUCUUAAUCUAACUUUAGGGUUUUCCACUUCAAAAGUAUUUAAUAUCAAUCUUAAUUCACUUUUUAAGUCCCAAUUCAAUUUUCCAUGUAACAAUGAAAGGGACGCUGAGGGUUAACAUCUGCAUUUAGUUCACAUAAUAUAUUUGUUUAGUUUGAUCGAUUUUUGUAAAAAAUUUAAGAACAUCACAAGUUGAACCCAGAUGGAUUUUAAUUAAUAACAAGUGAUUGUCCAGAUUUCAGUAUAAAAAGUUUAAAUUGGUGGAAUAAUGACUAAAAAGUAUGAAAACCUUCAAUUUAACUUGUUAUUUCAGAUUUAGAUUAUUAAGACGUUUUGUGAGGUUAUGAUGGAACAUGAUGGAAUUUAAAAAAAAAAUUAAGGACAAAAUACUUCUGACUACAAAUCUUUGUUAAAAUCUGUUCUACAGAUACCUUCUGAAUCUAUCUCACAGUUCUAUCAGAUCCAAACUAUUAAAUUGUGAAAAGUGUCCUACUUUGUUUGCUAUGCAAACUAUGAGUUACACAAGUCUAAAAAAAUUUAAACCGCCCGAAUUCUAUUUAUAAAUCAAAAUGCCUUGUGAGUGGAAUACUCUGUAGAGUGUGUUGUUGUCUCCUGCUUGUUAUAUAUGAAUGUAUUUAUGCUGUUAAACGAUUGUGCACGCGUACGUGUGCAAUAAUAACUUGCGUGGGUCGCCGAGGGCGACCUUUGGCUCAAUUAUAUUGUGAUUAGAAGUCAGACGGCCGAGUCAAUAGAUUUGAUAUUAUGCGA